AUGUUCACAAAAGAUAUCGACCAUUCUAGAAAGGAUGAUGUUGUGCUCGAGAAUGAGAAAGCGGAUGACGGGAACUUGGUCUACAGCGACGCAGAGACAGAGCCAGACCUCCAUCUCCGAACCUACGUGGCUGUCGCCUCCAUGUUUCUCUUGAACUAUGUGCAGAUAAUAGCCUUGACGGGGACGCCUGUGGUCCUCUCCAGCAUCGCAGCUGCGGUCAACGGAACGAAAACCGAGACGUGGAUUCCCAACUCCCUGUCGUUGGUUCAAGCAGUUUUUUGCCCGGUCAUUGCUUCGGCAUCAGACGUGUUCCAAGCUCGGAAGGUCAUCCUCGUCGUCACUUGCCUGACAUCGUUCGUGGGUUCCGCCAUUGCUCCCGGGUCGCAUAGUCUUGCUCGGAUUGUGUCAGCGCAGACACUGAUAGGGUUCGGGUUCGCAGCAGUCCCUUUGGCGUACUCUGUCCCGUCUGAAAUCUUGCCCAGGAAAUGGAGAGCGAUGACCCAGGCAUUGCUCAAUGUGGCCGCUAGUCUAGCUGCUGUGUCUGCGCCUUUGAUCAUUGGAGGCCUAACUAGUGCUUAUCCUCAAAACGGAUGGCGGUACUUUUAUUGGAUCCAAGCCGGCAUAUGGGGUCUCACGGCGAUCGGCAUAUUCUUCGGAUACACGCCCCCUUCUCGUCAUACCAGACUGGAUCACAUGUCGUUACUUCAAAAGAUCGGGCAGCUUGACCUCAUAGGAGCCUUCCUAUUGGCUGCUGGCCUCAGUUUGAUUCUGUUCGCUGUAACCUCGGGAGGUGAAUUAUAUCCCUGGAGAAGCGCACGCAUCGUCGCGACAUUGGUCGUCGGUCUCGUCGUUUUUGCAGGCUUCUUCGUCUACGAGUGGAGAGGAACAGCGACAGGUAUCCUUCAUCAUGACCUUUUCAAAGGUGGAAAGAACAGAGGAAGGACUUUUGUCUUGUGUGUUUUUCUCAUCAUGAUGGAAGGCUGCCUUUUGUUCUCCUACAUCAUCUUCUACCCGGUCUUAACUGUUGAUCUCUACGAGACGGACUCCUUCCUCCUGGCCAGUCGAAUUGUACCUUUCUGGAUUGCAUGCGGGAUCUGCACGUCAAUCUAUGGAUACACCGCCGUUCGACUAAGCUCUAUUCGACCAGGCCUUGCUAUUGGAUUUUUGAUCUUCACGGCUGGCAUUGUCGGUCUUGCCACACUUGAGCCAAAUGAUUCCACCAGCGCCAUUGUAUUUGUCGCUCUUGCCGGAAUCGGAUUUGCAGCGCCACUGAUUCUGAUCAUCACCGGUGUCCAACUCUCCACUCCCCAUAGUCUAAUAGCCACGGCGACGGCUGUCACGACAUCGGCUCGAGCGAUUGCAGCAACGACCUUCACCGCGAUAUUCUCUGCUGCAUUGGGCGAUCGAUUAAGGGUCUAUAUUCCUCAAUAUGUCGGAGAUGCGGUCGGAAGGGCUGGUCUGCCUUCUACGUCGAUUCCUGCUUUCAUUGCGGCCUUCACGGAGAAUGACCAAAAUGCUCUGCGCAUUGUCAAAGGAGUCACACCCUCGAUUAUCCAGGCCGCCACAAUGGCGUUGAAACAGGCAGACGCAGAUGGACUGCGCGUCGUCUAUAUUAUUGCCGCAUCAUUCGGUGCUGUUGCUUGUCUCGCCUGCUUCUUCCUCGGCGACCUGAGCAUGGAGAUGGAUUACCGUGUUGAUGCGCCUGUGGAGGAGCUUCAAGCGAAGCGUCAUGAAAGGUCGAAAGCUUGA